GCCAUACACCAUGCACUGAAAAAUCAAUCCAAUUCUAACAAAAUCUUAGUAACCCACCUCACUACUUCUUUCACUUCCCAAAAACAUGGCACCCCCCAAUUCCAACGAUAUUGAAUCUCCAAUAAUAUUGUUGGAGUCCAUUCCAGAUGCAAAGGCAAAGCCGGAAGUGCAAAACAAGGCAAUUGUGGAAGCACUUUACAAGGCAUUGGCAAAUGGUCAAAUUGAGACUGUGACUAAGCUCCUAGCUUGUGACCUCGAAUGGUGGUUCCAUGGACCUCCAAAACGCCACCACAUGAUGCGUGUGCUCACUGGGGAAUCAACCUACAAAGAGUUCACUUUUGAGCCUAAGAGUAUCACUGUUAUUGGUGAUGAUAGUGUGAUUGUUGAGGGAUGGGAAGGAGCACAUUAUUGGGUUCACUUGUGGACUUUAAAAGAUGGUCUAAUUACAAAAUUUAGAGAGUAUUUUAACACAUGGCUCACAGUGCAGGAACUGAGGCCAUGGGAAGUUAGGCAAAAGAGUGCCACACUGUGGCAGAGCCAGCCUCGGGACCUUUAUGAACGGUCUUUGCCAGCCCUUAUGAUUGCUAUGUAGAGAGCUGGUUAUUGUGGUUGUAAGUUGUAAGCUCAAUUGUAUCAAGUGUUAGUUGAGCGGUAAUAGAAUCUUUUGUAGUGUCUUGUGUUUGUGUUCGAACCCAUUUCUCCCUCUUCUACUAUCUAUCUAGCUAUCUCAAAAAGAAAAAAAAAUUGUAAGCUUGGUUUAAUGGCUUGAACCAUGAUGAAAACUAGAUACAUGUGUUGACACCUGGGAAAAUGGAAAUUACGGUCUAUCAA